UUACCUUAAUUAUCUUCCUGUUUGCCAUUUCUGCUAAGAAUAGAAUCCGAGCCUCAAAUUAAUCUCUUUCUCUCUCUCUCUCUCUUGACGCAUAUCACAAUGCAACACCAACGAUGGCUCUGCCGUCUCCGAGACUCUUUCCCAUCCCACCUCCUCAAUUUUCCUUCUUCUUCGCCUUCUCAUUCACUCGGAAAAGGGUCUCCAUUUCUCCUCCUCACAACCUAUUCCUUCUCCCUCUGAUGCAUGUGGUAUUUAUCCUUGGAUUUGGUUUUAUGGUCUUGGGGAGGGACGAAGGAUGGUCAUAGAGAUCGACAACGGAAGGGUAGGGUCAUGGCGCCGCCCCGACGGCGGCAGAGGCCACUGACGACACAUGCGCGGUCGCGGUCGGCGAGAGCAUAUUUGUAUCUCUCCUCUUAGGUAAGUUUGAUUCGAUUUUUUUCUAGGCUUGCUAAUAUGAGCUUUUGUUUUUUUUUUUUUUUUUGAUUUUAUGGGUUUAAACUUUAAAUGGAGGGUGAGGACAAGUGAAUCCAAGAGCGGCGACUGUUGGGGAGUUGUUUUGUGAUCAGCAAGCAAGAGGCUGAGAUGAGAGAUGACGGAGCAAGAGGGUAGGAGAGCGGCGGCCGUUGGAGAGCUUUCCCACGGCAUGUUUCGUUCUUUAUUUUCGUAGGGUUAGCAGAGAGUGUGGGCUUUGUGUGGGUAAGAUGUUUGGGCUUUGGUUAAGGUGAGGCCAUGAGGCAUGAGGGGUGAGGUCUGAUAUGUGGGCUGGUUAUGUGAAAUCGGUUAUCCGGUUCGCUGAUCGAAAUUUUGUUUCGGUUGAGAGGAACUUAGUUUUCGAAAUAUACCUAUUUUCCUUCCGAAUUCCGAAUCGAGCAACAAUGUUUUGGUUUUGUUUUGGUUUGGUUUGAAUUUAGUUCGGGUUUACCGAACCGGUCGCCUAUCCCUACCCCUAAUUGCCAAACAUAGUGUUAGGGUAUACCCAAACAUAAUCAUGUCAGGCAAAGGAAGUGUUUUGCUUUGGAUGUCAGUUUUUAUAAUUGAUCCAUUCUUGGUAUGGUUUGUCACUUAGUCAAUACAUGUGAAGAUUAAUUUAUUUUUAUUUUUUGUUGUUAAAUUUGUACUAGAAUACAUGGAUUACCUCUUUAUGGGCCCACCUACAAUCACUGAGUGAUUAUCAAUCUCUACCAAAAGGUUAUAUUGUUAACGAGAGAUUGUCAACCCAAUUUUAGUUUAAUCUUUGUCUCUUACAACUUUUCUCUAUUCCAAAAGUGCCCUCUUCUACAACUCAUCUCUCUUUGGUAAAUGAAUGGCAAAUAUGUCAUUGCUUAUGAAAAAUAUACUACCUUUAAUUUAUAAUAAAAACACAAUUUGAACCUCCAAACAAGGUAUUUUUCAAAUUCAUACAUUUAAUCAAUGUAUCAUAUUAUAAUACACAAAUUGAUUAAAUACAUCAAUUUGGAGAAUCCCAACCUCCAAACGACCCCUAAUGUUGUAUGUAAUGAAUUAUGAAUAGAUGUAUCGUAUGGAAAUUGUUGCGUUUGUUUUAGAAUUAAAUAUAAAACAUGUAUUUGAUUAUUGUCAUGACACUUGAAAUCAUUCAAAAUGAGUGAUUUAAAAUCUCAACUUGUUGUUCAUAAUGUAUUUUGAGAUUGUAAAAUCAUUAUUCUUUUCAUUUAAAAAGUGACUCCCCUAUUUUAUUCCUCAAAACUAUAAUCACAACUAUCAUAUGUAAUUUUAAGUCAAAAUACAGUUGUAUAUCCACAACUAUAAAGUUUGUGACAAAUAUAUCCACAACUAUCGAAAUACACGAAAUAUCCAAAAAUCGGAAGGUUGUGUGACAAAUCUAUCCGCUUUCGUUUGAAAUUAUAACGGUGUGUCAGCCGACGUUAAAUUGACUAACGGAAUGGUGAAUCGAUGCCAUCUCACCUGCCACAUAAGCCAAAAAGCAACCAAACUUUACACGUAGAUGCCAAAUAGGCUAGUUGAAUAAAGGCAAAAUACAGCCGUAUAUCCACAACUAUCAUGUUUGUGACAAAUAUAUCCACCACUAUUAGGUUUGUGACAAAUAUAUUCACAGCUAUCGAAAUACACGAAAUAUCCAUUUCCGUCCACUCCGUUAAUCCCGUCAGUUAACUUGAUAACUGGACAGACGGUGGAUACUUAGUUGGCGUGUUUCUGACCCAACUGAAUGACGUGGAUUAAAAGAGAAUUUUUUUAAAAACCCUAAAAACCAAAGACGUUGAGACUAAAAAUCAGCCCAGAAACACGCCCGAUAACCAUUGAUCAUCCUCCAAUCGACGCCUCCACCCCCAAAUAACCCUACCCCAAGCCCAGAUUUUGAUUCCUACCACAAUCCCCAACCAUUGCCUCCCUUUUACUCCGACGGCUUCCAUGCAGUCGGCGCCAUGGUGAUACCAAGCUUGAAUCUCAAACAAAAAAAGCUUGAAUCUAACCAAAUCGCCAACAGAGAAGACUGCAGCAGCGAGGUCUAACAGAUAACGGUGUAAAGUUUGGUUGCUUUUUGGCUUAUGUGGCAGGUGAUAUGGCAUCGAUUCAUCAUUUCGUUAGUCAAUUUAACGCCGUCUGACACGUCGUUAUAGUUUCAGACGAAAGUGGAUAGAUUUGUCACACAACCUUCCGAUUUUUUGAUAUUUCGUGUAUUUCGAUAGUUGUGGAUAUAUUUGUCACAAACCUGAUAGUUGUGGAUAUACAACUAUAUUUUGCCUAAAAUUUUUUUCUCUUUUAAUCCACAUCAUAUAGUGGGGUCAGAAACACGCCAACUAAGCAUCCACCCUCUGUCCAGUCAUCAAGUUAACUAACGGAAUGGGCGGAAAUGGAUAUUUCGUGUAUUUCAAUAGUUGUGGAUAUAUUUUUCACAAACCUGAUAAUUAUGGAUAUAUAGUUGUAUUUUGCCUAAUUUUAAAAUGCACUAUAUAACAAAUACAUCCAUGUAUAAUGGUUGUAUUCAUAGAAUACAUCGAUUCUAACAAUUACAAAUACCAAACUACUCAGAUUUGUUUGUCAAUUUGACCGUUUGUGCUAAGUAGUCGAUUCCCCCCUCCCCACCCAAGAUAUAACAAGAGAACAUUAGAAAGAAUAAAAAAGCAAACAUCAUUUAAGAGGAACCCUCCCAAAGCACCAUAUUAGUGCAGUCAAGCUAAAAAAUCAAAGAAAACUAACUUUGGAGGAGACAACAAUAGGACAUUAAGUGCCACUUUAUGUGUAGUCACUUUACGACUUGUGAUACUGACCUAAAAACUACACAAUCCAAAAGCGCACUAACAAGGCCUAGGUUUCCUGCCGAAGCGCCCCUGCGGCGGAGCAUGCCACUGGAUGCUUGCUGUCAUGCGGCUACUCCCUGUCUCCCGACUACUAGUUCCCAACAUAGGAGAAAUACAUGGGGCUUGUUUGGUUGUAGAUUUGUACAAAAAAUUUCAGCACAAUCUCUCGUUUUGCUGGAUUUUGAAAGAAUUUUGUGUUUAUGGAGGGCUAAAAAUGAGGAAUUUUAGGUAUACCACAUUUCAAAAGGUGUCCGAUUUAUUAACAUUAUAAGUAAAAAUUAGCUUUUAUUGAUAAGAUCUUCUAGGUAUUUUCAUUCUUAUCAAAUGCAGAGUUAUUUUAUGAGAAGGAAAAAUAAAAUAAAAAAUAAGAAGUUUUUACAACUGUCGUCAAAGGCGGAAAAAAUAAAAAAACUAAAAUAGAAGACAACAAAGCAGUGUUAUUAAAGCCGGACCAGUACAACUGAUACCCGACCUCCAAUCCGGUCCGCAAAACACAAAAAGUCGCAGCAGUCAGAAAGGGCGACCAGUGAGCGGCUGGAAAGGUUAACCGUUCGAACCGCUCGAAUCGUCUGACCGGUUUUGGACUUAUGACGGUCCGGUAUUCAAAAACUUUUUAAAAAAUUAAAAUUGAAAAUUGUUGGGUUUUGGAACUGAAAGGGAGAUAUGAUGUGUCUUUGAAGAUCUGUGGAGGGAUCAGUGACGGCGAGUAGAAACUUCUAGCGUUUUGUUUAAAGUCUUCAAGAUAUCCAAUCUUUUAUCCAAUGCCUUUCCUUUGUAGAAAAACAUACAUACUUUCAUGUGGUAGAGGUCCCUCGGUUCGAAUCUCAUCCAUGCUUCUCGAAUUGAGCUCCAAAGUAGGCUUCCCAAACACAUUCCCAGACUUACCCUCUACGAAUAGCAACUUCGAGCGUUUUGUUUAAAGCCUUCAAGAUAUCCAAUCUUUCAUCCAAUUCCUUGAAUUUGUAUACAAACAUACCUACUUUCAUGUGGUAGAGGCUCCUGGACUCGAAUCUCAUCCAUGUUUCUCGAAUUGAGCUCCAAAGUAGGCAUCACAAACAUGUUCUCAGACUUAGCCAUUUUCAGGCAGUUUCCCAGUUUUGGCAUAGCCUAUUGAUCAGGUUCUAAAAUGGUUUUUAUGAACUUCUAAUCAAGCUCCAAAGCACUUCAAUGUAUAGAGGGACACUCCAGCUUCAAAACAAGCCAUUAAUCGUCAAUUUCCAUCUAGCCAAUUGUAAGAUAUGAAUCUCCAAAGUAGGCACCAUGAAACUGUUUUUAAACUGAAACAACAGAUUAGGUCGACCUAAUCCUAACUGAAGUCGACCGAAAAGUGCAAGUUACGGGACUUGCUACUUGCAUUGCACCAUAGGCGCACCCAAAUAAUUAAUAUAUAAAUCCCACUAAUUCCGUGGGAAAAGAAUUCAACUAAUUAGUUUUUGUAAAGAGAUUUUAUCUUAUUAGUUAGGUUUUAUUUGAAUAAUUUUGUUGUUAUGGCUUAUUGUGCUUAUGAUGUUCCUAGUACCUAUACUCUUGUCGUUUAUUAGGUAUCGAUUCAAUAACGAUUUUUUAUUGGUCUAAUACCAGUUAGACCAUUAAAGUAUGAGCUGUCCACAAUAUCGAUUCGUGUUGCGGUUGUCAAAGCCUUUUUCAUCCGACCUAUCAAAUAAAAAGCCAUGGAUGCAAGUAAAGUCAUGUAUGAUAUAGACAUGAGUAAUCAUCACGUUUGAAAUGGUUUCGUUUGAGAAGGGUUUAUAAAUUAAUAAUAAAUAAAAAUUUAAUGUUGGAACUCUAUUAAUUUGAGUUAUUAGUAGGAACUAGGGGUGGCUAUACGGUCUGGUUAGAUUAAGUUGGUCUGAAUUGAUCCGGUCCCGGUCCGGUCUUUUCGAGAAUAUAAGGAUCAAAGAUUGGAUUGGAUACAGUCCGGUCUUGAUCCGGUCCGGUCCCAAUUCGGUCUUGAUUUUAAAUUUAGCUUGUGGGGAUUUGAGUGGCCUAAGGCCUAAAAGGGUGAGAAUGUUAAAUUUUGGGUGUUGGGCUCUCUUAUCCGUCUUUAUUCGAUUUUCGGUCCGGUCCCAAACGAUUUUUUACCUCAUAUCUAGGCCCGAAAAUUGGAUUGGAUUGUUUGCUAUCCGGUCCCAAAUCGGUUUCGGAUACGGUCCGAUUUUGGGUAAAAUCAAAUAGUCAGCCCUAGUAGGAACGAGUUCUUUGUAAAAUCAAAUAGUCAGCCUUAGUAGGAACGAGUUCUUUAAUAAUGUUUAUUCUGGAAUUAAUUUCAUUUUAUAAAAUGGCAUUCUUUAAAAUAUAAAGAGUGGGUACGCUUUAUUGCCAAAACAGCUAUUUACUAUAGCAUUCUUUGUCGUCUUUUGCGGACUUCUACGAGCUGCUUCCUCUUGCUUCUACCUAUCCACCUUGGCCUCCUUUCCCCCUCAGCUCUGGUUCGCCAAAUCUUUCGUACACAGCAGGUUUGGUUGUACUUUUCCCCCAAAUCCAGGAAAACACCUCUUCCUCGUCAAUCUGCCACUCCAGUUUGCUUCUCGAGGCCGCUAGCUCCUUUGACACGCCAGCACCCAUGUUUCCUCUGGUCAUGUACAACGUCCUUAUCUCUCGGAUUCCGUGUCACUUCUUUGCAUUCUUCUCUUUGAAUUUUCGGUCGAAAUCAUAUUGGACCCCAUUCCCCAAUUUCCUCUCCGUUCGGUUCUCGCCUGCGCUCCACUUUCCUCUUCCUCCCCACCCACCAUGAAUUAUAUCGUCCUCCCCACCUACCAUGGACCGACAAGGCUCCGGCGCUGAAAUUACGCCUUCUCCAUGCAUGUAUUACUGGAAAUACAUGGUGCCAGGAUGGAUUUUCCGAGAUUGAGAUACUGUGGACGAAUGAAUUGGUGAGUUUAGUCUUCUUUGCACCCUCCUGCUCACGAAAUUGCCUCCCCUUUCUUACCUAGAUCUUUCCCUUUUUUACUUGGGUGUCCUGGUGCAAGGACUUGCAUCGCGCCAUGCAUUGUACGACCGCAACAACGACUCCACUAUGCUUAGGUGAAGAGAUGUCUUCUCUGGUUACCUCAUCUUCACCACAAUGAACAAGAAAAGGAGGGCCCCGUGGUCGGCGAUUAUAGCUGGGAAACGAGGGAUUCGAAUAUCUCGAUCCGCAACCACCAUGAAUGGUUGGCGACUGAGGAGCCUGCGUCGGAGGGUCGGAGGAGAGUGUUGGAGAAAGGUGGCAGUGGCAAGGAAGGUGGAGGCCGAUGCAGAGGAAGAGGAUGCCGGCGACGGUGACACAUUGGUAACGAUGGCGACAUUCGAUUGGAAGUCUCGUCCGCAAUUGACUUGAAUUGCAACAUUUGAUUGUCCACCCAGAAAUCGGCACGCUAAAAGAGUCAAUGAGACUGACUCGUUGGAUGAAAGCGAGAGAUGCAGAGGAACAAUGGCCGAAGAGGAGGGGCCUUACCUAAGAGAAAGAGGCGGACUCACUGGUGGUUGGUGAAGACGACGGUGAGUGGAUUUUCUCUUUGGUGUUUUCUCCAUCCUUUUUAGUCGUAGAUUUGAGCUAAAUUAUGUCCCAAGUUCAGAUCUUUGUUGGAUCUGACAAUGUGGGUUCUGAAUUUUGAUAUUUUGCUGGUAGGAAGGAAUGGCCAUUUGGUACAUACAAGAAUUGUCUUGACCUUUUACUUCUAGCUUUUUCAAUGCCAUAUGUGCCACUAGAGUUGUAUAUUCAUGUUGAAUUUCUAUUUAAUCAUCAUCUUUUUUGUGAAGUUUGUCUUCACGAUGUCCUUUUUGUUUACUACAGGUACCAGGUUCUGUGUUCAUGGAUGAUUUAAGUCCUUAUUCUCGGCUGACAGUUCCCAUGGUAGUGUUACUGGUGUUAUAAAGUUUGAACUUGGACCUGAAAUUACUCACAAAAAGUAAACUUUCUAUCUCCAUAUGUAUAUGACAAUCAACUGUUGUCAAUCAUCCUUCCUAAGCUUUCCAUUUACACGGCAGCUAUGUUUUGAGCAACUUCUAUAAUCACAUAAAUUGGUUUUUGUUAAUCUCUUCCAAUCGCAUCUCCAGAGAAUGAGAUAUAGAGGGAUACAAGAUUGACUCGGACUAGAUAUAUCAUAUAAUAUAGUGCCUAUUUUGGUUUGGUCGAAUUUGCUUUGGGGUUUUCCUACCUUUCACUGAUGUUGACCUUGGGAAUGCAGAUUAAAUCCAUUUGUAACAGCGGAAUCAAUUUCUGAAAGCUCAAUGGUCAUUGAUGCUUUAGUUUCAAGCAUGCAUUCUUUUUCCGCUUUGUAAUCCAUGUCUACCGCUUGCUUAUAUGAAUGUUGGGGAAUAUGACAAGGUUGUUGCCUGAUUCUGUUAACUGAGAUAACCGAAUGCUUAACCCCUCUUUCUGUCGGUGGUGGGUAGGGUUGGUAGGUAGUUCGGUUGACCAAUAAUCGACCCUUUGGUUAUCGGUUAUAACCUAUCCUACCGGCCUCCAAACCCCUACUUCCUUCCAGCUUACAUUGUCUUCAUAAGUGGGUGUUGCAAGAUGUAAAAAUGCAGGGGUUUUUUUUUUGCAUAAGUGAUGGAUUCAAAAUUGCGGUUGAUAAUGGAGGCCUACUCAUAUGUGAUUUCGGCCUACAACAAGCAAGUUCUUGAAUAAUGGUACAACCCCAUCCAUUGCCUAUUUCGCAUUUGCUCAUUUCAGUGCUUUAGCCUCUACUGUGAAUUUCUGCCAGUUCUUUAUCCUCAAUUUCUUGCUAUGAUGCUGAGCGGUGGGAUGUUGCUUUAUCCGCUUUGAUGGGAGAGGAACACGGUUAAGGAGUUGGUGCAGAGGCUUAAUCUUAUAUUCAACGAGGUCACUCCAAUUUCAUCAUUGUGUGUUACUCCAGAUCGUGGCGACAACAUACAUGUCUAGCAGUACCAACAACACCUGCUGGUGUGAUCUUAUGUGUUACUCCAGAUCCACAAAAUUAUCUUCUUCCUGCUCCCAAUGCAGUUAAAAUCGCGCUUUAAAACUUAAAAUCUUACGGUUUUAUGCUUCUAGGUCACUAAAACGCUUUCGUUUUCAUGUAAAAUCUUAAGUGCAUAAAAUCGGACUAAAUUGUGUUUUAAAGCUUAAAAGCUUACGCUUUUACGCUUCUAUUUCACCAAAACGCCUUAGGCUUUUACGUUUUUAGUUCACUAAAUGGAUAUUCUUUUCAUGAAAUUAAUCAUAAAACGUAUAUUGUAAAGGUAAAACACCAACAAUAUGAUAGAUUUUAUAUUAAAAGAUACAUAUAAGGUACUUGGAUGCAUUCUCAACUUGAGUAGAGUAAUCUAAUUCACUAGCUAGGUAUUUCCCAAAUUUAUUAACAUAGACAGGAAGGUGACUUAUUGUUAAGAUCUAUGUUUAUGAACUUAUUGUUAAGAUACUAUGAGUUGCUCUACUUUAGACGUGAAUUACAAGUAUUUAUUAACUUAUCCAAAUUUUGUGCACUCACAUUUUACAUAGUAUAUAUCGUACUCAACAGAUUUUUAGUUAUUUUCCAGUAUGCGUCAAAAACUUACGCUUUUACGUUUUGAUUCUACGCUUUACGAUUUGAUUCUACGCUUUACGAUUUUACUCAUUUUCCGCUUCUAGAUAGAAUCGCGCUUUUAACUGCAUUGCCUGCUCCUGCUUUGUUCGUUUGCUUUUUUUUUCUCUCAGAUGUGCUUUCAUAAAUUUGUCGCAAUUCAUGAUGUUGUUUGGACUUUAUAUUAGCUAAAGUGAAGCUUCAGGCCACUUCAAGUUGCUGCAGAAUCAGAAAGUGACGCUUCCAGAAUAGAUGUUGCAACUUGGCUUUCUUUACCAUUCUAGAAACAGUGCUUUAAAUUCUUAUUCUAUCAAUUCUGAAUUCAGUUUUGCCUAAUGUUAACUAUUCCUGGCUUCUGCCGUUUGCAGGUGUUCUGCUUGCUUUACAUUCUCUUUAUUGUUGGCAAGAAACAUGUUAGGUUUUGAUCAAGCUUCUGAGGAGGAAUUGGGGUUUGCAUUUGCAUUAAAAGAGUCCAAGAGGAUACUUAUGAAAUUAAGUCCAGACCGUAAGAACAAACCAAAUACAGAAGUGAAAGAAAAGAAAUCCAUGGUAGAAUUUGCCAGAGCGCAGACAUGAAGUUGUAAAGCAAGAAGAAGCUUUUCAAUGUCUUAGUCUUCAUGUUCUAAGUUUUCGUAUUUAUUAAAUUACUAUCGUUGGAUAUGGUUGAUGAUUGAUUCUUUUUAAUAAAGAUUGCUAAAAUUU